GUCACGUUGCACAGCUCGGUCCAAUCAACAGAAACUUUCCUAACAGAGAUUUGUAAGAUGGCGACUGCCGAACCGGAAACCAACCCGAGUCCACCCCACCCUGAAGAAGAUGGAGCUGAGGAGACUGGACAGGAGAUUGUGAGUCCAGAGGCUUACAUCAAGCAUCCGCUUCAGAACAGGAAGCUGAUCCACUGUCAGAACUGCCUUCAAGAUUACGGAUGGUCGUUGUGGUUCUUUAAGAAUGACAAGAGCAAAACAUGGCAGGCCAACCUGAGACUCAUCUCCAAGUUUGACACUGUUGAAGAUUUCUGGGCCCUCUACAACCAUAUUCAGUUGUCAAGCAACCUCAUGUCAGGUUGUGACUACUCCCUUUUUAAGGAUGGCAUUGAGCCGAUGUGGGAGGAUGAGAGGAACAAGCGAGGUGGACGCUGGCUGAUCACACUCACCAAGCAGCAGAGGAGAAUAGACCUGGACCGUUUCUGGCUGGAAACUCUCCUGUGCUUAGUCGGAGAAGCUUUUGAUGACUACAGCGAUGAUGUCUGCGGAGCUGUUGUCAACAUCCGCAACAAAGGAGAUAAAAUAGCCGUUUGGACAUCAGACUUCGAGAACCGGGAGGCUGUAACACACAUAGGGAGGGUUUACAAGGAGCGUUUGGGACUUCCCAUGAAGAUGACUAUCGGCUACCAGUCUCACACGGACACAGCUACCAAAAGCGGCUCAACCACCAAGAACAAAUUUGUUGUUUGAGAAAUGCCCUUUGUGCCUCUUUUUCUUGUCUUAUUUGUUGUUGGUGCAUAAGUUUAUUUUGCUGCAAAGACUCUGCUGAAUGCCAUCUGGAGGAGGAAAGAAAUUCAAGACCACAAGCCAAAUUUUCCAUAAGCAGCCCAGGACUUACACAACAGCGGUAUAAAAACAUAAACAAAU